UAAAAUAAUAUUUUUCUUAGUAUAACUUAUGAAAAAGAUUGCACUCUAUAGACUCGUAUAUAUUCUAAGGUAACGAAUAUUGAUAAGUGUUUGUCAAAUAUUAUCUAAAUAAAGAAGAAAAAUGCUUAUUCAACAGUUAACUGCAAGUGCACCAAAAAUUAUUAAACGUAAUAUUGGUAUUCUUGCACCAGCUUUUCAAGAAGCAAAAGAUCCCAUACAAAAACUUUUCUUAGAUAAAAUUCGUGAAUACAAAGCAAAAAGCAGUGGUGGAAAAUUAGUUGAUGUUACUCCUGAGAUUGAAAAAGAAAGACAGGCAGAACUUGACAGAGUUAAAAAACAAUUUAAUAUAAAGGGUAAUCCAACAGAGUUUCCAAAAUUUAAAUUUCAAGAGCCAGUAGUGGAACAAUGAAUACAUAUUUAAAACUA